GCUGCCCCCGGUACUAUUCUCGGUUCUUGGAGCCGGCGGGAGCGGCGGGGCCGUGAGGGCCCGUGUUUGGAGGCGCUCGCUUUCCUGGCGGGCAGCGGCGGAGCAUGCGCUGGUCUAUGGGCACCAUGCCAGUUCUUCAUGUGAUGUGCCAGCCUCCAGCCCCAGAGCCAUGGGGGAGAUGAGGUAGCCCUUGGGUUUGAUUUGGGGAAGCCCAGUUCAAUGGAUACGAAGUACAAGGAUGACUUAUUCCGGAAGUACGUGCAGUUCCAUGAGGGCAAAGUGGACACCACCCCCGGCAAACAGUCUGGCAGCGAUGAGUACCUGCGCGUGGCAGCUGCCACCCUGCUCAGCCUGCACAAGGUGGACCCUUUAUAUCGAUUUCGGCUGAUCCAGUUUUAUGAGGUGGUGGAGAGCUCCCUCCGCUCGCUGAGUAGCUCCAGCCUGAGCGCUCUGCACUGCGCCUUCAGCAUGCUGGAGACAAUGGCCAUCAACCUCUUCCUGUUCCCCUGGAAGAAGGAGUUCCGCAGCAUCAAGACCUACACGGGCCCUUUUGUUUACUAUGUCAAGUCCACGUUGCUGGAGAAGGACAUCCGAGCCAUUCUAAAGUUCAUGGGCUACGAACCUGAGUUGGGGACUGCGUACAAACUCAAAGAGCUUGUGGAGUCCCUCCAGGUGAAGAUGGUCUCCUUUGAGCUCUUCCUGGCCAAGGUCGAGUGUGAGCAGAUGCUGGGAAUACACUCGCAGGUAAAGGACAAGGGCUAUUCAGAGCUGGACGUGGUGACUGAGCGCAAGAGCAGCACAGAGGAUGCACGUGGGUGCUCAGAUGCCCUGCGGAGGCGGGCUGAGAGUCGAGAGCACCUGACCACUUCCAUGGCUCGUGUGGCACUCCAGAAGUCAGCCAGUGAGCGCGCAGCCAAGGACUACUACAAGCCCCGAGUGACCAAACCCUCCAGGUCAGUGGAUGCCUACGACAGCUACUGGGAAAGCAGGAAGCCCCCCUCAAAGGCCUCACUGAGUCUGCGCAAGGAGCCCCUGGCUAUGGAUGUAGGGGAAGACUUGAAGGAUGAGAUCAUCCGCCCAUCCCCCUCAUUGCUGACCAUGUCCAGUCCCCAUGGUAGCCCUGAUGACCUUCCUCCAUCUCCCCCCAUCAACGGCCUUGGCCUUCUUCAUACGUGCUUCCCCACUCAGGAUGGCGUGGACCUGUACACGGAUUCAGACCCAGGGCCACCUACCCGGAGGCAGGAUGCUCUGCUUUCGGAUAUAUGGCUGGUCAAAGAUGCCCUCCAUCUACCUGGCGUUCACCCCCCCACCAAAGAGUCUGCCCUCUCCAAGUGCCAAAACUGCGGCCUGUCCUGCAGCUCCUCCCUCUGUCAGCGCUGUGACAGUGUCUGUCCUUCAGCCUCCAAGCCCAGCGCUUUUCCCAGCAAGGCCUCUGCACACGACAGCCUGGCCCAUGGGGCAUCUAUGCGGGAAAAAUAUGUGGGACAGACUCAGGGCCUUGACCGGCUGGCAACUGUCCACUCAAAGCCCAAGCCCUCUACCACAGCCACCUCCCGCUGUGGCUUCUGUAACCGUGCAGGUGCCACCAACACCUGCACCCAGUGUUCAAAAGUUUCCUGUGACCCCUGCCUCGGCGCCUACCACUACGACCCCUGCUGCAGAAAGAGUGAGCUGCACAAAUUCAUGCCCAACAAUCAGCUGAAUUACAAAUCCACCCAGUUCUCCCAUCCCGUGUACAGAUAG